CUUGAACGGUUUCCGCACAAAAUCUGCGCAGAAUGACGAAUGGAUGCUCGUCCUGAGCGCACCCUCUGUGUUUCUGUUGUUUAUUUUGAGGGAGUGGGGCUGUUUUGCGAAAGAGAAUUUUGUAUUCGUGAAAGUUGCUAUGCAGCCUAAGUAAGUAAUUUAUACUUCAUUGCAAUAUGAAGAAUGGAAGAAGACGAUGUGACCAUCACCGUCAGGGAGCAGAAUUUCCACAGCCAAGUCCGAGAAUACAUUAUUUGUUUCCUACUUUUUGCAGUCCUCUACUUCGUUUCAUACUUCAUUAUCACCAGAUACAAGAGGAGAUCUGAUGAUCAUGAAGAUGAAGAUGCCAUUGUCAACCGAAUAUCGCUUUACUUGUGCACCUUCACUCUGGCUGUUUCAGCUGGGGCAGUGCUGCUUCUGCCAUUUUCAAUCGUCAGCAAUGAGAUCCUGCUCUCCUUCCCUAAAAACUACUAUAUCCAGUGGCUUAAUGGCUCACUGAUCCAUGGCCUGUGGAAUCUGGUGUCCCUGUUCUCUAACCUCUGCCUGUUCAUGCUCAUGCCCUUUGCCUAUUUCUUUCUGGAGUCGGAAGGGUUUGCUGGAUCAAAAAAGGGCAUUAAAGCUCGAGUCCUGGAAACAUUUGUGAUGCUUAUACUGCUGGGGUUGCUUAUUCUGGGAAUAGUUUGGGUAGCGUCGGCUCUUAUAGACAACGAUGCAGCUAGUAUGGAAUCCUUGUAUGAUCUUUGGGAGUUCUACUUACCUUAUUUGUAUUCCUGUAUUUCUUUAAUGGGGGGUUUGCUGCUUCUUUUAUGCACACCUGUGGGCCUUUCCAGGAUGUUUACAGUCAUGGGACAGCUGCUGGUAAAGCCAUCAAUUCUGGAAGACCUGGAUGAGCAGAUUUACUGCAUCCAUUUACAAGAGGAAGCACUUCAAAGGAGAUUAAACGGGGUGACCUCACAUUUCCAAUACAACCCAGUAGAUCUGCAACAGGAGCUGGACAGCGUAAGAAGCAUGAAAAAUAAACUGGAAAGGCGGAAGAAAGCUUCCGCAUGGGAGAAGAAUUUGGUGUAUCCUGUUGUCAUGUUAAUACUCUUGGCUGGAACAACCAUUUCAGUCCUUCUGGUUGUGUUCAACAUCCUCUAUUUGUUAGUUGAUGAAACUGCAAUGCCAAGGGGAUCAAAGGAGCGGGGGAUAGGAAGUGCUUCCUUGUCCACGUUUGGAUUUGUGGGAGCAGCACUUGAAAUCGUCCUGAUUUUCUAUCUAAUGGUGUCUUCUGUAGUGGGCUUCUAUAGCCUGCGCGUCUUUGAGGAGCUCACGCCCAGGAAAGAUGACACAACCAUGACAACGAUCAUUGGCUGCUGUGUGUCUAUCCUUGUGCUGAGUUCUGCAUUGCCAGUUAUGUCAAGAACCUUGGGUUUGAUUAGUAGCAGUCAAUUUAAUCACAAGGAGAAUCUUGAGGGAAACCUAAAAAGAAGCAUGUCACAAAAAUCAGAGGAGGAGUGAGAGUUGGGUACUGCAGCCACAGAGCCAGCAUAAACCCCUGAGCACAUCCCUCACAGCACAGCACAGCACCGAACAUGCACCACGAUCAGUGGACGAAGGGCGCACAGCUUCGUGCACAGAGGAUUGUGGUUAAGAAGUUCUUUAUUAUUUUAUCAGGACUGAAACUUGUCGUGUUUCUCCCCGAUACCAUAGUUGGUAGAGGGGUGGACUGUUUAUUAUUUUUGUGGUUUUUGUAAAAUAAACACAGAUAUUUUUGGGAGAAUCCUGUCUGGGCAUUGGAUUCAUUACCGCACCACUCUCAUCCUUGUUCACAAGCACACAUAUCUGAUAAUGGAAUAUUCUGGCAAAAUGGCCUCUGCAGUGACAUAUACUGUAUUGUUAAAACACACAGUGUGUUAUUAUAGAUACUGUACAUACCAUAAUGUGCCCAACAAACUGUAAUAACAAAGUUCAUUUAUAGAUGUAUUAGAUCAGUACUUAUGACAAAGAUCAGUUAUUAAAACUGCUUACAGGACUAUGUUGUUGUUAUUAUUAUUGUUAUUUUUGGCUUUUCUAAAUUUUGUUUUUAUUUCUGUUAUUUUUCUUGUCACCAAAUCAGUAUAGGCAGCCUUACAAAAUAUACUGCAGCUAUAUUUACACUGUGGCCCAUGCAAAAAAAAAAAAAAAAAAAAAAAUUGCUGGCAAUCAAGAUGAUCUCAAGGAAACGUUUGUCUCACAUACUCAACCCCCAACUGACACAGAUGCUCGAAAAACUUUUAUCAGUCAACAAGAAAGUGCAACACGUCCAAGAAAACCACAUUUGACUUGGCUGUGGUAAAAUCUUAUCUAACAGAGCUUGGAAAGCACACGAAUCCAGAAGGAAUACCCAUGUCCGGCCUUGACACACACCUGACAAAUAUAGUUUUCUGUGUAAUGAAAAAAAGACGGAACUGAGUAUGAAACUGGCACUGGG